AUGUGGUGGACCAUUUGUCAGCCCGCUCACAAAGGCCAAUAAUCUCGCGUGACACGUGUGCCCUGCCUCCGAUAAAAAGCGGUACGUGUCGCGCCGGAAAAAGUUUUUCACCGCGACAGACGGAGAGAAUUCAAACGUCGUGCAGUACGAUACGGAGCACGCGACUGUGAUAAACGGUAUCGUUAAUAUCAAACAAUAUCAUUUUUCCAUGUCUUAUUAAUCAAAUAAAAUCGCUGAAAUUUUUUACCACUUACAACUAAUUUACGAAGUAACAAAGUGAUCGGAAUCGAGUGUUUGGAUUCAAGUUCUAUCAAUUUGCGAGAAAUGUUAUCGUUAUUUCAUUGUUUAAUCCGGAAUACGUGAUAUUCAUCGACGAAGGUGCAAAGAAUGUUAUAGAAAACUUCGCAAUUUUAAACAGGUAAAUCAUAAGCGCACCUCUCUUCGCCUUUAUGAAAGGAGAGCCUGUGCGGAUGAAGAGCGGAAAAUGAGUAAAACCGGAAGACCAAUCAGCACAGGGAGGAGGACGUGAAGCAGGGCGGAUCGUCGGUGUGAUACACCGCGGCGAAGAUGAGAUCGGAAACUGCGCUGUACCUGCUCUUCCUACUGAUCCUGUCGCUAAAUGAUCCUUCAUGGGCUUCCGUCGAGAUCAGAGGCUGCAACCGUACCAUCAGAAACUCGGUCGGCUGGAUUCGCUGGACAGGACGAAUGGGUCGAUGUAUCGUAAGAAUCAGGGCACCGCUCAGAGAUCCGCAGGUAAUCGAGAUAAAAGUCAGGAGAUUGCAGGUAGGCUUUCUGAAAGAAGCUCGAUGCGAAGGUGCGUAUUUUCAAUUCUCCGAUAAUGCCGACGAUUCCGACGACGAAACAGGCCGAUAUUGCGGCCACGUGACUGGAAAUAGUACAAGAUUAUUUCUGCGACGUGGUCCCGAUCUGACGAUCACUCUAUCAUCAGACGCCCAGUUUGCCUCAGCGAAUCCAGUUAUCUUUUCCGCUCAAUUUUCUAUUUUGCCAAUUCGCUUGGCGAUUGAGCGUCAUCGCGGCUAUUCCGCAUCCACCUCAUCCACGUGUUCUGUGGAGUGCACGGUGCGCGACGAACGCAGAUCCUGCAAGCUGACUUCACCAGCUUAUCCUAGCGUCUAUCCGCGUGGGAUCAGAUGCAGGAUUGCGUUGGAGUCAAGCGCCGGUCGCUUCAGGAUAGGCGGUCAACCGGAGGAUCUCUUCGACUUGAUGAAUUACACCGAUCAAGAAAGCUGCCGAAUAGAGAAUUGCGAGGACUCUUUCGAGGACGGGGACGUCGGAGUCGCGCGUGCUGUAAGGAGUCGGGAUCGCGUCGAAGCGGAUGAAUCUAUUAUCGGGGACAAUCGACCGAGAAACAAACACGAGAUGAAACGUACCGAGGAAACGAAUGGACGAUUAACGAGGCGGCGGCGCUACGAGAAAAAGGCGACGCAGCGGCACGGAGGGAAGCAAUAUCGUCACAAAGAGCCGCCGCAUAGGUCUGACACGAGCGAGCCGGAGCUUCGCGUAAAAUCAAUGCGCUCGAAGAUAACGAGGAAGGACCAGCGAAGGGUCGUCCCGGACCAUUAUCUCAAUGGCGAUCCUGAAGGGCCGAAUGAAACAUUCGGUGGCGCGACGGUGUCGAAACACAAAUAUCUUGGGAGGAAUCGAUCGUCGGGAAACGUCACGUGUAACAGCGGCGAUUACCUUGCGCUUCUGGAAAACGUGAACGGGAAGAUUCUUGAAAUCUCGCGGUUUUGCGGCAACGGUCGCGUACCGCGUAUUUAUUCACGCGGCAGGAACGUGAUCCUGGAAUUUUUCGCGCGGAAGGACGGCACUGUGACGCACGAUGGUUUUCAGGUGACCCUGCAGGAGGAGGAGGAAGAGCGCGUUUCGCAGGUGACGAGACACGCAAAUUGCGCAUUCGUAUAUAGAAGUUCCGUCCGUAACAGCCGGGAGAACAUCAAAUCCCCGCGGAGCUGGUAUCCGCCCAACACCGUGUGCACUUACAAGUUUCUCGGCAGAACCGCGGAGAAGGUUUCUAUCUACAUAAAGAUCCUCAGAAACGAGUUUGGCCACGAGAAACCGGAGACCAAACGGAACUUCAGUCUGAACUAUUGUCCGGGCAACGAAAUCUCUGUUUAUAAUGGAGCGCGGGUAAACGAUAGCUUUUUGAUGUGGUCGUAUUGCGACGCGUCUCACUGGGAUAUCAACAAUAUUCAAGUACCUUUGACGUCCAGCGGAAACGAAUUAUUGAUCCAGUACUACAGCGCCAAAGGGUCCUACGAUGGUCAAGGAUUCACUUACGUUAUAUCCUACCGAUUCGUCAGGAGAGAGCAUAACUUCACCGGCACAAGACGCAAGUACAAAUCAAUUUCCUUGAGACCGGUCAAUCUGUCGACGCUCAACCUUAACGACACCGACAGCUACGACUGCGACGACCAAAUCGGCACGUUCAAAAAUUGGUUCGCGGUGCUGGUCGUCUUUGGUGUCAUUUCUUUCAUCGGGGCCGUCAUCACGAUAAUCACUCUGACGGUGAAAUGUCUGAAGACCAGAUCCUCCGAAAAAAAGCUCUUGCAGACUACGAAACGAUGAAGUCUCGAAAACGAAGUUCUCCUCGUCAUUUACCGGUUAAUGCAACUAGGUAUUAGAGCAAAUCAAGAUCUCAGGACUUCGGGGAUUUGAGAGAAAAUAUAUUAAUUUUUAGAUAAUAAACUGGCAAAAGUAGAACGAGAUUCCACCGAGAGUAAACUCGGCAAUUUUUUUAAGAAACUGAAGAAAGUGAAAGUAUUUACUAAAAAAAUGCUGUGAAACAUUUAAACAAAUUGCAGAUCAUUGCAAUUCUAUCAAGAAACCGAUUCAACAUUUUUUCCAUAUUUUCCAGUAAAGAAGAUUUUUCGGCAAAUGGGAAAUAAUGUACAAUUAUAAAUUAAAUUUUUAUACGUAA